AUGAGUUUUAUUGCAUUAAUUGUUCCAAUAACUAUUUACAUAUUUCAAAUUUCAGCUUACUAUAUACAACAGUGUCCGGGCGAUGAACAAUUUAUAAACGAAUGUUUACGUGACAGUGGCAAUAAAUUGGUGCAUUAUCUGAGACAAGGUAUACCCGAAUUAGAAAUUUAUGAGAUUGAACCUGUUGAUAUUGAUGAAAUUGGCAUUGUAUUGGGCAGCGGACCUGAUGGCUAUCGUGCUGUAUUCCGCAACAUACAGGCAUUUGGUGUUAGUAAUAUAACGGUGACAAAUGUGCGCUCCGAUUUGGAAUCUUUACAAUUUCAAUUGACCUGCGAAAUACCACGCAUCAAGGUUAGAGCACAAUAUCGUUCAACUGGCGUUUUAAUUUUGGUUAAAGCUUCUGGUGCCGGUGAAUACUGGGGCGAAUAUGAGGGCGUUAAAGCUAAAAUUUACUUCAAGGCCCUGCCACAUGAGGGACAAGAUGGUCGCACUUACCUUACAGCCGAUCAAGUGAAAAUGGAUUUCAAUGUCAAGGACAUACAAAUGGGUGUCGAUAAUAUUGCCAAUGGCAAUUCCGUAAUACAAGCUGCAUUGAAUCUUUUUAUCAAUUCGAAUGCCCAAGAGUUGUUGAAGGAAAUGAAACCGGCUUUGCGCACAAAACUCACAUUGGUCAUACGUAAUUUUAUGGAUCGUCUGUUUGCGAAAAUCCCCCUAGAAGAGUGGGUUAAUCUUAAUUAGUUUUAAUUAAACAUUUAGCGGGGGAAAACUAUUUAAAUAAAUUACAAUUUAAGCUUAAACUAAACUAGUUGUAGAAUAUACAUAUAUUUCAAAUACAUAUGAAAUUCGCAGAAACUAUAAUUUUCCAAUUUAAGUGAAGUUUUUAUUUCAAUUUUCUAUAGCAAUAAAUUCAUUAUUAUUAAGUAUUUAUGUUAAUUUUUUUAAUAAAUAGCAAUAGAUAUUAUUAGUUUUAUAAAAAUUAAAUAAAAUUAAAUUAUAAACU